CUAAUGGGGUACAACAAUGCCUUGUAAACACAUUGUUAAUGUUUCACAUGUCAGGUAUACCAUAUUUGAUCACUGAGAUUACUAAAUCGUGUCAUGUUUAGUCACUAGAAAAGUUAAUAUCAAUUUUGGUCACUCGAAUUACUGAAACUGGUUAUAUUUAGUCACUCUCUCGUUAAUGGAGUUGGACAGGAGUGACUAAAUGUGAUAUGUUUCAGUAAUUCGAGUGACUAAAUGUGACAUGUUUCAAUAAUUCGAGUGACCGGAGUUGGACAGAAGCUACAUGAGAGUGCCAAAUGUGACAUGUUUCAGUAAUUCGAGUGACCAAAAUUGAUAUUAAAAUUUUCUAGUGAUUAAACAUGACACGAUUUAAUAAUCACAGUGACCAAAUGUGGCAUUUACCCGCUUGACAUCUCUCUUUUGUCCUUCAUAUCGACUAAAUCAAAUCAAUCACAACCUUAUAGUUACAUAUCGUGGAUGCAUCAUGAAAAGUAAAAAUCACAACAAAUAUGGGAUCUACGAGUUGAACUGAGUGGAGAAAUGCAGAUUUUUUAACAUACAUUGCAUGUUGACUCAUUGAGGAUAUACUUACUAAACAUGGUCUCAUUGGUAUUAUCAAACACCACUGCAACUAGAUAUGAAUGAACAUAAAUUGAAUAUGAAAAACUAUAGACCUGACCCUUUAAUGGAAUCAUGUAGUGGUACAGUAAACUAAACACACUUCUGAAAGUUUUGUUGCUGAAACAGGAAGAAGAAGAAGGGGGGAAAACUCCAUGAAUCAAUGGCAUCUCUAAUACCAGGAGUGCUGCUAAAGCUUCUCCAAAGCAUCAACUCGAACGUCAGAGUUCGAGGUGAAUAUCGAUCUGUGCUGUUACAAGUUAUCAGCAUAGUUCCUGCAUUGUGUGGCUCAGAGCUCUGGCCCAAUCAAGGCUUCUUCAUCAAAGUCUCUGACUCCUCUCAUUCAACAUAUGUUUCUUUCUCAAAGGAAGACAACGAGCUUAUCUUGAACAACAAGCUACAGCUCGGACAGUUCUUCUAUGUUGAUAGAGCAGAGGCAGGAACCCCAGUCCCAAUCCUAGUUGGCAUUAGACCACUCCCUGGAAGAAAUCCAUUCGUAGGGAACCCAAAAGAUUUGAUGCAAAUGCUGGAUGGCCCUCCACCUGUUGAACAUGAUAAAGGAGUGAAUGUUUCAAAAUUGAAGAAAGAGGAGAACACGAGACAGAAAAUUGUUAUCAAAGAGGAGAGAGCUACUGUUGCUUCCAGGUAUAUGCAGGGUGUUUCAGCAAAGGGCAAGCAGCAUGAAAACAAAGGAGCGUUGCAGGAAAGACCAACCUCACCAUCCCGGAAUAGACCUAAAACACUUCCAUCAAAUCCUGAAGUACUGGCAUCCACCGCCACCACCAAAGAGAUUUCAGUAUCUUCAAACAAUAAAUCUGCAAGAGGUUCAUCAAAUAAGCAGCAAAAUGCAAGCUUGAAUUCAUCUUCAAGCAACAAACAUGAGUAUCUAUCGUCUGAUGCAAUAUCAUGGGCCUCUCUACCAACUAACUUGCUUAAAACUGGAAAGGUAAUGCUAAGGAGGAGAUAUUUAGCUUCUAUGGUUGCAGCAGAAGCACAGAAGGAGGCAUCAAAUGCUUCGAGUCUCGUCAAGUGCCUCAAUUUGUUUGCAGAGCUGUGCUCAUCUGCUUCACCAGAGAACCCCCAUCUUCCCCUCACAAAGUUCUUCACGCUUCAACAGUUCAUUGACCAGCCAAAUGUAGCCACAACUCCACUGAAGGACAAGUCAUUUCAGACUGUUCCUCCCGAAACAGAGAAAACUAGCAAAAGAAUCGGUUCCCUUCAUGUGAAAGCCACAGGAAAGUCUAUAAAGACUGCAUCAUCCAUGGAGUUCAAUGCAGCUGAAAAGAUUGAAUGGGCCAAAGUAGAUGCUGCAAAGGACAUUAAAGAACUAAGAGAAACCCUUAUACAUGAAACAAGAACUUGGUUUCUAAGAUUCAUGGAUGGGGCGUUAGAUUCUGGAUUCCGCAUGCCUGUCCAGGAAAAGAAAGGGAAAGGUGGUGUUGCAGGAAGACUAAUAAUGGAGGCCGAGAACAACCAGAUUGCUGUCACAUUGUCACAACUCAAACAUGCAAAUGACUGGUUAGACAAACUAAGGAACAACCUGAACAUGGAAACCAAUGCUCCAUUGAUCAAGGAUAUUGAUAGUCUGAAGCAAAAGGUAUAUGCUUGUCUACUAGCUCAUGUAGAUUCAGCUGCAUCAGCCUUGGAGAACCAAGCAGAUCGACGCUGAUCCAAACAAUCACUGGGGUUCCUGGAUAUCAUAUGUUAUCAGGAGUCAGUCCAAGGUGAUUGAAAUAAAUUAUGUUUUAGUAAUUAUUGUCGAUAAUCUGGAAAAAGUGAAAAUGAAAAUUAUAGAGCCAAAUACAGUUAUGAGAAGUUGGCUAAUCCUAUUCGUGUGUUUAUGCAUAACUAUAUCAAUAAAGAUCCCAUCUCAUG